CAGUUCCUCCUACGCCCUCCUCCUUGCUUCUACCUUUACUCCGCUUUGACGCAAUCAUUCUGCUAAUAGCAAAAAGAAGGGUGGAGGAAUAUUGACUAAGAGCAGAGGCCGGGGCAUGAGUUAGUUCUGUUUAAUGCUCGCAUCUUAGAAGUCUUCUUGCUCCUAUCCUCAGGGAAAGAAAUCUGCUAGUCCCUCCGGCAGAUUGGAUACUAAGCUAAUUUCCAGCUGCCAGUUUCCAAACAGUCUUCAAUUUGGGAGUUUGUUGGAAAGAUCCCAGCCUCCUAAAGCAGCAAAACAAGGAAACAACACAACUUCUUUGCCAGCUGGGCUCUUCAGGCAGGUUCUGAGUUACUCUACAGUUUCUGAGAUGGAAAGGGAAGCAUUUCUUCAUAGCAAUGACUGUUUUAUGAUGGAGUAGAGCCACGGCUUAGCUCCCCAAGGAUCCCAGAGAUGUGGAAACUGGCUUUGGCCCUGGUCCUACUGUACCCAUCUUCUGCCGCCCUUCAGCCUGAAGCCUUUCUGGACACCGUCAGCUGCUCUGAUGGUCUGAGCUGCCGGCUGUUGGAGAAUGCGCUGUGCAUAGCUGGUGAGACGGAGCCAGAUCCCGAAACAGGUCCUGUCUUGGUGCUGACUGAGAUGUCGAUGAGAAACAAACUUCGGUGCCAGAAACAUCGGGACUGUAUCCUCUGUGUACAGGUGACGCUACGCCUUGGCCUGCUGGGUGAGAAAGAUGACACAGGAAUCGAGUCACCUGCACAACCAGAUCGAGGAACUUCCAUGACCAGCACACGACUCAAAAAACAUAAUGGGAAAAUGGAGGAAUUCCUGCAAACCCAUGUUUUACUUUCAGCCGAGACAUACCCUUCCUCCCACUGUGCUGAGGUCGAAGUCUUGAUUCCCCUUGGUCCACGUGACUGGUACAAUAAUACACUGGGUCUCCUCCACUUUGACUGCUUUCCCAUUUCCAUCAGUGGGGAGCUGUAUGUCUCUGCUUCCACUAGUCCUCCGUACCUGUCUUCGCCUGUCUUGCAGCUCACACACUUUGGGCCAGAUUGUUCCUGGCAUGAAGCUAAAGAUGCCCUCCGCCUCUGCCAAAUCCCCACGAUGGAAGUCUCUGUUGGAUUAGAGGAAGCUGUGCUCCAUGUGUGGGACAUCCCUGAAGGACAGCACUUCUACCUCUGGCUGUAUCUGAAUCAGACAAGCGGACUUGAAGGGCUGAGUGAGAAUAUCACAUUGCUGACUGCACCUGAAAAUGUGAGCUUACCUAUCUCACAGGUGUUUCCCUGUCUAUGCCUGCAGGUUUGGCCCAAGGUUGAAGACUAUGAUGAUUCACCUCGAACCUUCCUCUGCCCUUUUACAAACAAUGCUGAAGCUUUAUCCAGGGCCUGGGCAAAGAGCCACCUCAAGGUGAAAGCCUUCCGUGAAGUGCUGAGUUGCUCUUUCUCUGCACCGUGUGACCUUCCAGGAGAGUUGGUCCCAUGUUGGAAGGGAGAAGACCUUGCCUGCCAUCCCUUGCAUCCCCAGCUGCGCAAGGGCCUCAUUCGAAUUGAGCUGCAGGAGUUCCCAGGAUUAAGACCACAUCCCAACCUCUGCGUGCAGGUAAUUAGCAAAGAAAGCCCCUAUCUCCAGAGCUGCCUGCAGGAAGAAAUAAAAGAAAACUCCCAUUCAAUGAGGCAGGAUUUGCUGUUUUGGACAACUCUAGAUUCCCAAGGGAACUUCUCGGCUCAUGUCUUGGAGCAGGGCACCUGGGUGCACAUUGCUCAGGCUGUCAGCACAAGAAAUGGACUCCUGAAGGAAGCCCUACAAAAUGACCUGCAAUCAGGAGAGUGCAUGCUGAUGUGGCAAGCUGAGGAUGGGGAAAAUGGCACCCUCUGGACCUGUUCACUGGAGAAAUAUUACCGAACACGCUGGAUAUUGGCCUGGAUGAUCACUCUCUUUGGACUCUGCUCUAUCCUGUUUGUGUUGCUGCUCAAGAAGGAAGCACUGAAAGGCUGGCUCAGACUACUGAAGGAAGAUUACGGCUCCAGAGGAGCGCUUCAGGGACGUCAUGUUCUCCUUCUGUACUCUCCGGAUCAUGUAGCUUUUGAGCGUUUGGUGGGCACCUUGGCAGGAGCCUUGACCCAACUACAAGUGUCUGUUUCCCUGGAGUUGUGGAGCCGAGGGGAGCUGGCCUCCCUGGGGCCUAUGCAGUGGCUCCAUGCGCAACGGCAGCGCAUCAUGCAAGCUGGGGGCACCGUUGUGCUGCUUUUUUCCCCUGGCGCUGUAACCAGCUGUGCAGAAUGGCUGGGCUGGAAACAGACAGACGCCAAACCUGACAACACUUUCUUGGCCUCCCUUAAUUGCAUCCUUCCAGACUUUCAAACUGGGAAGACCAAGGGCCGAUAUAUAGUUGCCUGCUUUGAGAAACUCCUUGCUGUCAAUGAGAUUCCUGGACUUUUCCGUUCGGUGCCAGCCUACCCUCUGCCGUCACAGCUUUUCGCUUUCCUGUUAGCUCUUGCUGGGCCUGGCAUAAACUAUGAGCAGAGGAGCAGCCUGAAAAGGCAUGCGGUAUGGAUCAGCAAGAGCUUGGAGCGUGCGGUGAAGGAGUGUCAGCAAAAGGAGGCAAGCUGGCAGUAUUCACCCUUGCUGCCUCUCCAGUCUGCUGAUCAGCAGAUAAAAGAGAAUUCCCAUCCUUUUGUAGCCUUCUGAGAGAGGACGGCUCUCAGAAGGAGGUUGUGAUUUUUCACUGUGGUUUACAGGACCAAGUGCAUGGACUCUGUGCCAGUAUUUUAGAUCAAGCAGCUGAGAACUCAGCAUUUGGGCAUGACAGUUCUGGUUAUCUGGGCAUUGCAAUGAGACUGCAUAGCUACACAGUGUAUGAGAACACCUUUGAGCACAAUAUAUGGAUGACAACUCUGGAAGGAUCCUGCUUUCUUCGACUGAAAGGCAAUAUUUAUUGUGCUUCGAGAAAUGGAGAGAUUCAGCAGACACUGGACAGCGUCCAAGGAUCAGAGAGGGACACAUGUCCUGUUUGCCCCAGAAACAAGGGCUAAAGAAACUAAAGAAAGCUUUCCUUCAGAAAAAUGAUAUUAUUGUAACAAACAGCAGCAAGGGAACAGAAGGUAAAUCUCAAAAGCAAAGCAAAAAGUUUUACAUCACACAUGAAACAAGUGUUUUUGGCAAAAAGUAUUUGCGAGACACUUCGAAGAUGCUGGAGCUGCAAGCAAAGAAACGAGCAGAGAAGCACGAAGUGGAAUGGUUGCUGCCAGCAUUGACCACUUGCUUUACUGCUGAUUUAUAGCCCUUCACCUCCUAGGGUGAGGUCUGAUUGUUCAGCAUCCUUGCAGUAAUUCUAGCUGUCCGCCUCCUUUCUUCUUUCGCCCUUCGCCGUUCCUGAAAUGUAGGAACCGGCAGUAUGUUUUCCUUGCCCUCUUCCUCCUCCUCAAUACUUGGCCCCAAAUCCCUACAUCUUCAGUCUCCUGUUCAACCUUCACGGAAGAAGAGUACACAACAACACACAUCAAAAGUUGUUAGUUGCCUUCAUGCUUUGCUUGGGAAAAACAAAGCUGUUGUGGGAAAAAAAUGUUAUCCCAUUAAUACUACAGGAUGAGAGAAUGGUGAAAAGAGAAUCAGAAGGAACUUUUUAGGGAAAUAGCUGCCGAAAAGGGUGUAGCUCCUCCCUAGUUUAUCAAUGCAUAUUGUUAUUGUUGAUUUUUUAAAAUCUGAGCCAAGAUGUCGAAUGUCAACAGUUUAAGACAAGAUUUUCAGCUGUUGAUUUUUUUUAUCAUAUCAGUGUUAUAUAUCUUUUUAAAGCAAUUGUGUCUUGCCUUUCUGGUGUGGAAUUCUUUUAACUUGGUGCCUUUACAGUGUUUGGACUGUGACUGCUAGGCUGGAUCUACACUGCUUUAUAUGCCAGGAUCUGAUCCCAGAUUAUCUGCUUAUCUCAGAUUGUUUGGCAGCGGAGACUCAUAUAAUCUGGUUCAAAGCAGAUAAUCUGGGAUCAGAUCCUGGGAUAUAGGGCUGUGGUGAUCCAGCCCUAGAAAAUCCCUGUUUGCUGUGUUGCUGUUGGGAAAAGUAGUCUAAAUCAUUUUGAAGACAUGGUAUUAGGGAGGGCUGUCAUAAGGUCCUUUGCUUCGGUGAGCAGACCAUGGACUGCAGGACCACCACUCACCCAGUUCUUUCCUUUAUGCUGUCUGCUCAUGGCAUUAGGAACACAUUUUUCCUAAAGAAACAUAACACAAAUAUCAUGCAAAUUUACCUAAGAAACAAGGGCAAGGAAGAGGUAGUGCCUACCCAUUCCAUUCCAAUUAGACAAGGCAGCUGGCCUCUUUCAUAACACUAUGUAACAAAAUUUGGAACAAAAUGUUCCUGGUUUGAAAUUGUUAUUUCCUGUUUAAUUGUGCGGUACUACUUACUUUGACAGUAGUUGUUAUACUCCAGAAGCUUCGUUUUUGUGGCUGCUGCAAACCAUGUUGAAUUGGUUGAGACUCUGAGAUAUUCAUUGAAAAACUAUAGCAAAAUGUGCUACAAAAUGUCUCACAAAAACAAAGUUUACAGUUUAAUAAACUUUUUCCAUGUU